AUGCACGUUUGGCUGCCAUUGGAAUCUAACCCCGAAUUACUAUCCAACUAUAUGGUGAAGUUGGGCGUAUCGCCCCUCUGGAGUGUCGUUGACAUCUAUGGAAUAGACGACGAAAUUUUGGACAUGGUUCCGAAGCCGGUCAAAUCGUUGAUCUUUCUAUUUCCCUGCUCCAAAGCGCAUGAGGAAUUCCGUGCCAAGGAAAGUGAAGAACUGCAUAACAAAGGUGUCGAACAUCCCAAAAGCUUGUUUUACACCCGACAAUUUGUUCGUAAUGCGUGCGGCACAAUUGCUGUGAUUCACGCCAUUCUCAACAAUUCGGAUAUUGAGAUUGAGCAGGACAGUGUUUUGCAGAAGUAUUUCGACAGUGCCAAAGAUCUUUCGCCUGAAGAACGCGGAGAUCUACUGCACAAGAAUGUGGAGUUGAAGGCAAUACACGAGGAGAAUGCGCAGCAGGGCCAAACCGCCACUCCCAACAUAAAUGACGAGGUGUUCCAUCAUUUUAUCGCGUUUGUGCAUGUCGACGGUAUCCUUUACGAGCUGGACGGCAGUAGGCAUUUUCCAGUCGCUCACGGUAAAACAACGCCGGAAACAUUACUGAAAGAUUCGGUGGAAGUUUGCAAAAAGUUCAUCGAACUGAAUCCGUCCGAGGUGCGCUUCACGCUGCUAGGACUCGUACCAACGCAGUAA